CAGCUUUAUGCGCUACAUCCGCCAGUCCACGGUGUGGCGCUGUAACCGAUGCGGCUAACCGGAAGAGAAGAGCCACAAAGGAGCACGGGCCGUCAAGAUGGACGAGUCUGAAUAUGACGAAAUUUUGGACGACUGGUUUAUUGAAUCGUUAAAAACUUACAGAGACCUUCAUGUUUACCAACUGGAGUUUCCCACCCGAGUCAUUGAGUGGACAUCAGGGAAAACCAUCUGUGUGGCAGGUUACAACAAGUCCACCAAAAAUGAAAUUUUGGAGCUGUGUUUGCCUCAAAAACUCUUUGCCGAAGAAAAUAAGGGUCUGUGCGCCGAGCGGGAUUUCAAAGUGCUCCACGGUGGAUUUUCCUCGGGCCCCGUCAGUGUCCUCAAACACGUCCCGGGAACGAGGCUGAUAGUGACCAACGACGGGCUGACCUCCGACCUGCAGGUGUGGAACCUCGGCGGCCACGACACCGACGUCAUUGCGAAGGCGGCGAGCGUCCGCGGCGCCGAGGGAAGCGGGGGCGGCGUCAAGAUGGCCGCACGACUGUCACCGGAACCGGAGGUUCUGCACGGUUGCCGGGUCUGCGACGUCAAGCUGACGCGACUCGGCACGGGACAGACGCUCUACCGGCUCGCGUCGGGCCGCGAGGAGCGUCUGACCCGUCUGCUCUUUCGGAGCGACGCCGUCUUCCUGGCCGCCUGCGCCACCGGCGACGUUCUCACCGUGGACACGCGGACGUCGCGUCCUCCGCAGGUGGCGCCCGCUCCGGAUUCCGACGCGUGGUGGACGGACGCCUCCGAGUCCGGGCUGGUCCGCGUGUCGGCGUCCGGGCGGGCGGCGCUGUCGGACCCGAGGAACCCGGCGGGCGUCGUGCGCCGGGCUCGGCUGGCCGCGGGGACGUCGCGUCGCCGCCCCGAUGACGUCGACGUGUCGUGGGCGCCGGCGCUGGACGGCGCCAUCUCUCUGUCAGGUUUCGACGGCACGGUCCAAAUCUUCGACACGUCCUCGUGGGGGUCGGAACCCCGCGACGCCGAUCCGCUGUUCGAGCACCGCGGCCACGCCGUUUGCUCGCCGCGGUCGUCGGUCGAGGCCGAAGGGGGCGCCGUCGGGGUCAGCGGCCACGUUUGGCAUCCCAAAGAGUCCAGGACGCUGGUGUCUGCCGCCACCGACGCGUCCCUGCACGUGUGGGACUGGAUCGACGCUGGAGCGACGCGCUAACUUUUUGCCGUUUGGCUUCAGAUGAAUUUGAAAUUUGAAAUGAAACGACGUUUGAGUCUGGAUGGUGCUCUUUGUUAAUGUUCUUAUCACAGGAGGCGUGCGUGGCAUCUGUAAAGCUGACAUUUUUGUUACCUGGCAGUGAAGGAUAAAUGGAAAGUGGUGAUGUGUAAAAAAAAAAAAAAAAGAUUUAAGAUUAUAUUUAAGAGCAAAUUAGUUAUCAACAAA